AUGUCGACAUUACUUUCAGCUGGUCAAUUACCACCCAACCGCCACGAUGAUCUGGACAAAUACGACCUAUCGGACGAUCCGUUCGCGUCACCCAGUCCCCCAGCCUCAUCGAAGAAGCGCAAGGAUGCCCCCUCACAAGACUUGGGUAUAGACGAGGAGGUUUCCGUCCAGAAACGCGCGAGACCGCCGGCCGUGAAGCUCGACGAAGACAGACUAUUAGGUCCAGCCGGGCUCCCCAAACUUCGCCAACGAGCACGCGACCUGAAAAUCAAGGGCAAAGGGCACGAGUUUUCGGACGCCGCCCGCAUUUUAACCUUCUACCAGAUGUGGCUCGACGAUCUAUUCCCCAAAGCCAAGUUUCUCGAUGCGCUGGCCAUGGUGGAGAAGGCAGGGCACAAGAAACGCGUCAUGGCGGCCAGAUCCGAGAUGAUCAAUGAGGGAAAACCAAAGGAUACAAUAGGAGACGACGACUUUGGCUUAGAUGCCGCUGAUGCCGCUGAUGCCGCUGGGGCUCCCGUCGAGAGCGCACCGUCUAGAGACGCAAGACCGCAAACACCAACAGGGAACGACGUACCGGAUGAUGAGGAUCUCUAUGGCGCAACACCAAGGGUCAUGCGUACGCAACUAAACGAGCGAGAUGACGAAGACGAUUUGGAUGCGCUUAUUGCCGAGGCGGAGGGGCAAGACAGCAGGCAAAAAUCCCAAUCAGCAGGCGCGCACGACGAGGACGAUCUGGAUGCUCUGAUUACGGAAGCAGAGGCUGUUGAUCAACAAACGGCGUUGCAGAGACCGAUAAUUGCAAACAUAAGGAAAUCAGACUUUGCAGAAGAGGAGGCUGCUAUGCAAGAAAUGGACGGUCUCUGGUGA